GGGCUGCGGGGAGGCUUGCCAGGUCUGCGUCACUUUCCACCGGGGCGCGAGGCUGCCCGAAGCAGGAGAGCGGCGCCUCCCAGGCUUGGCUUUCCGCUCGAGGGGCGGGGCGGCGGGACCAGGAAAAGCGCCGCGCGCGCCCCCGAGGCGCCAGUUUCCGCGCAGCAGCGUCGCCCAGCUUCGGACGUGCGGAGGAGACCAGCGAGCGAUGGCUUGGUGGCGGUGGCUGGUGGCGUGCAGCGCCCUCCUGCUCUGCGCCGCGCCGGGCACGGGGGCCAGCAGCGGCCGCCCCUGCUGGGGGGCGUGCAGGAGGCGUCGGUGGAGGAGGAGGGCGCGCGGCGGGCGCUGCAGUUCGCCAUGAACGAGUACAACCGGGCCAGCAACGACAAGUACGCCAGCCGCGUGGCCGAGGUGGUCCGGGUCAGGAAGCAAAUUGUCUCUGGAGUCCUUUAUUUUUUCGAUGUUAAAGUUGGGCGAACAACUUGUCCGAAGUCAGUAGCCGAUGUUGAGAACUGUGCAUUCCAUGAAGCACCAGAGCUGGCAAAGCAUGUGACUUGCAACUUUCAGGUGUAUUCUGUUCCUUGGACAAACCACAUCAGCCUGAAGAGAAACAAUUGCACCUAAACGCCUGUUUGCUUCAUCAUAGCUGUUCUGGUGGUCUUCUCCAGAUUCAAGAAGAGCAAUAAUCCAGAUGUAUUCUCAAGCAAAUGUUACUAACUCUGAAAUUCUGACAUAUACUUACAGGAUGCAAGCAAAUCAUGUAGUUUUCCUUUAAAAUGUAUUUUCUAAACUUUUUCUUUGUGAUUUAUCAUUAGGUUUGUAAUCAAUGUUUUCAUGCUGGAUUAGUAUGAAAAAUAAAAACAUACCUUGUCAGAGACUGAGGUUUUGAAAAGAUUUGUGUCCCAUAGUUAUUCAUUGCUAAGAAUAAAGUACCAUUAUUCAGU